UCGUCCACCUGUGUGCCCUGAGAGCUGGACAGAACAGGACAGAAUAUGCUGACUUUAGCACGGGAAAAGGAGGACAGAAGACGUCUGACACAAAUAUGGCUUUGAAUCGGAAUCAUUCGCAAAACGGCGGCGUUUUGGUCAACAACGGAGAAAGUGUUUUAAGGGAAUGUAAGAAUGUGGAGCUGUCAUUCAGCGAAGUCACCUGCAAGACAGACCUGCUGAAGGGGACCAAAAAGGGCACUGUUUACCUCACACCAUACAGGUUGCUGUUUGUGUCCAGUAACUCCAAGGAUUGCCUGGGUUCAGCCAUGUUCCCCUAUUAUCUAAUGAAGGGCUGCAGCAUUGAGCAGCCAGUCUUUGCAGCCAACUACAUUAAAGGGACAGUGUUAGCAGAACCUGGUGGUGGCUGGGAGGGACAGGCUCAUUUCAAGAUGUCAUUCCCCAGUGGAGGAGCCAUUGACCUGGGACAGUAUCUCUUCAAACUGGCCACAAAUGCUUCUCGUGCUGCUCCUCCCCAAAAUGGUGCUCCUUCAUAUGGUUAUCCUUCCCCUGGGAUGAUGAAUGGCUAUGGCCCACCUCCACCUGCUCCUCCCAGCUAUCCUUACCCACCUCCUCCCCAGCAGAAUGGAUUCUACCAGGGCCCCCCUCCUCCUGCUGGCAACAUGGGAUACCCCUGCCCAACAGCCGCUGCAGGAAUGUACCCAUCUGGUUUUGACUACAUGGCUCCACCUCCUCCCUACCCUGGGCCACCCCAAAAUUGGGCUGCAACCCCCCCAAACUGGACAGCAACAGCACCACCACCUCCAGGUAACUCCAAGGCGGCCGAAGCAGCAGGCAGCGCAUAUUACAAUCCCAGCAGUCCACACAAUGUCUACAUGCCCAUGGAGCGGCCUCCACCAUAUGCACCUUAUCAAGACUCUCCUGACAAGAAGCACAACUAAGGCUCAGACACCAACAUGUCAGUGACACAAUUUAUUCUUAAAUGAGGACUAAUGUCAGUGGAUAUCUACUUGAUUGUAGACUACAGAAAAUAAAAUGAAAGUAGUAGAGGACUCAAAGACAUCAUCUUUUAAAUACCGUAUACCCUUUCACUUAAGUUCAGUUAAAAUGAUUGACAACUUGUUAGUCUAGUUUUGCUGAAGCUUAUCAUUAUUAACAUUCUCCGUGAUGAGACUAUCUAAUACUUUCGGCACAUAGGUACAGGGACCUAAAUGAUCUUUGUUUAGAGCUGAAAAGAGGAGACAGUAUGGGGAAUGUAUUUUUCAAGAAGGAUUUGUUACCAAAACAUUUUGUAGCAAUUUCUUGAUUGUGGUUCCUAUAGUUACCAUAUAGCUACUCCUAUUAUAAAAGGUAAAGUAUUUUUGCAGUAUCAUUAACAGUACCUUGUGUGUUUCCUAUAUAGCAGUUAUGCAUUGAGUAAUUGUUCACAUAUGAAACCAGAACUGGAUUGAAAAGUGUUCAGUCAUAGAGCGUCUGACUGAUUCUCAUAAUAUUUCUACGGAUUAAAGUUCCCUUACGAUCAGAUUUACAUUAUAAUUCGGCUCAGAUCUCACAGUGUCAAUCCCUCAGUCAUAAUUUAAUAUGUAAAGGAGUGUUUCUUUUUUUUAUGAAAAUGAGCAGCAUCAGACAGACAGAUUUCUUACAUAACAAGCCUUUAUGUGCAAUAUCUGAACCUCACAUAAAGAGGUCAUAGGUGAGGGCUGGGGUUACCUGAAUGACCCUGUGCUCUACUCCUAGCUUCUAUUGUAUUCAUGUAUGCAAAGCCAAGCUGAAACCAGAACUCUGCUCUCUGUGUAAUUACACCAGUGUGGGGUUACAGGGCCACAGCGUUACAUUAAAGGCCCAUCAGUGUUUUACCUGCUGUUAAAACCUCUGAAUGAAAACCAUUUAUUCUUGAUUAAAGUGAGGUGAGGCGCUGACAGGCUGUAUAAUUGCAACCCCCCUCCAUUGGGCAUCAGUCAACACCUGUUUGAGGAACUCUUUGAACACAGUUGCAAUGGGUAGAGAUUUAGUUUUUUUCUGGUUUGUUUUAAUUUGCUUAAAUUAAUCAAAUGUCUGUAUAUUAAUCUCUCUUUUGCAGUUCUUAUUCCUCUGGCUGAAUUUUGUCAAUUAAAAUUAAUAAAUGACUCUUGGCCUUUGA